UCAGACGCUGCAAUCUGAGGUCGCCUUGGCAGAGCUGCACCACUACGCUCAACAUGAGAGGUCUCAGAAACGUUAUCCGGGAUAAAAAGCUCUUAUUUGAUGCACCAGACUAUUUUAAGUCGCAGCGAAAACAGCCGCAGUGGUUGAGGUUGAUUGGGCGAGUCCCAAGGGCUUUGUUUAAGUUUCAUUGUUCGGCCCCGAUUGCAUUACAAACUAGAAAAGUGAAACGUAACGUCAGAAUUUCUGCAAAUGGAGAGUAGGCGAUGACUUACAGGACUUGACAAUGGUUUAUUUGUGUACAACGACCAAUUAGUUUCAACCGAGGCUUUAACAAUAGAACAAAACUUUUCUUAGUUACACUAAUGCACUCUUUGUCGUGAUGUUAACCCCGGUCAGGCCAACUAACCAAUGCCAGCACAAUCGAGGUCGCCUCACAGCCUGCAUAUUAUGAAUCCGAUCGACUCAAUCGGCAAUGGAUUAGUUUGGUAAAGGAAGAUGGCGGGUCCUGCAAAAGCGCCAAACCCCUGUUCUUCUAAUUGAUAAAAACAGUAACCUUCUUGCUUAUUUGUUGUAAUUAAUCGCACAAAUAUUCGAGUAUUGACAUCAUGAAGAGGAACAUCGCUUGUCGGACGUAACGGCUAGUAGGACUGCCGGGAAAGGCCGGCGCUAUGUGUGAGAACUAUGCCCGCUCUGUGUUGCGGGUGUCGGUGGCUCAGAUUUGCCAAGUGCUGGGCUGGGAUGCAGUACAGCUAAGCGCUUGUGAUAUGCUGUCCGAUGUUCUGGACCGCUACAUUCAACAGCUGGCUCGAAGCUGUCAUCGUUAUGCCGAGCUGUAUGGCCGGACCGACCCAGUGUUGUCGGACAUCGGCCGGGCCUUCGGGGUACUGGGGGUGAGCCUGUCAGAGCUCGAGGACUACGUGAACCACCUGGAGCCUGUGGCCUUCCCUCAGAACACGCACCUGUUCCCCGUCGCCAAGAGCAGCACGCUGCAGUUCCCCUCUCCCUGCGAGGAGAGGAGGGACUACAUCCCUGACUACCUGCCACCCCUCGUCUCCCUGCAGGAAGAUGAGGAAGAGGAGCCGGAGCCCGUUGCUAUGGGGACGUCGGCAGAAGCCAUGCAGGUGUCUGUGGAAGAGGACGAUGGCGAGGAAGACUACGACGAAGAGGCCGAGAACGCAGAGAACCGUCCGACCAAGCGUGAGGCGGACGAGGCCUUCCCCCUGGGCGUCAUGCCGACGGCCAAACGGCCCCGCCUGGGCGUCAGCCUCAACCCGGACUCCAGCCCUGAGUGGACCUCGGAACCCCGCGAGCCGCUGUCCUCCCUCAACCCCCAGCUGCCCAUGUCUCCCUCCUCACCGCCCCUCUCCCCCGCCCCCACCCCCGCCGCACGCCCCCCCGCCACCCCGGGGCGCAAGCCUCCGCGGCCCCCGCUCUCCUCGCCGGGGAGGAAGACCAAGUCGCCGCGGCGGGGCGGGGCCAACGUGAGCCCCGUGCGCAUCCCCAAACUGACCCAGAAGGACAAGAAGAAGAAGAACUCCCCGCGGAGCCCCCGGGGGGCCGCCGCCGCCGCCGCCACUCACGCGGCCCAGCUGCCCUCACCGCCCCUGGGCUCGAGUCAGAGGGACGGCAGGGUGGGUCCUGGGGGUGCCGGAGGUCGCUCUGGCGGGCUGGCGAACUCCGACCUCCAUGCGCAGAGGGCGUCCAUGCACGACACGGGGGACGCGGACAUCGACGAUUCCAUCUCCGCGGUGAUCGCCCGGGCAUGUGCCAGCGGGGGGUCGGGUAGCGCCCGCCCCCACGACCCGUACGACCUCCCGUCCGACUCGGACAGCGACUCCGACCCGGGCCUGUCGCUCUCACACACCUUGCUGGGCAGGCACGUCGGUGGCAAGAACGCACACACGCCGGCCGGCUCCAAAUACGCCCCGCCGGGUCGACUGAACAUCACCUCCACUCCUCUGCCGCCCGCCUACAGCCUGGACCGCUCCAUCGACGAGGUCGUGCGGCAGGCCGGCAAGCGCGUCUCCGCGGCGACGCCCUCCGACGACCCCGACGACCUCUCCUCGCCGCCGCUCUCGCCCCCGACCCCGCAGCCCUUGCCCAAGCUCUGCCUGGACGACUUCUCGGUCGGCGCGGCGACGGAGGGCAAGAAGAAGAAGCCCAAGAAAGAGUCCAAGCUGAAGGCCAAGAGGAAAGAAGGGAAAGACAAACCCAAGGGGAAGGAGAAGGAGAAGACCAAGAGCAAAGAGAAGAAGAAAGAGAAGAAGAGCAGGGAGGCGGAGGGCCGGCUGUCGUGGAAGGACGCCGGGGAGUCCGAGGGCCGGGACGACUCCUUCAGCAUGGCGGCGGCGGCGGCGGCGGCUGCUGCUGCGGCGGCGGCGGCCAUCUCGGUCGCGGAGGAGCGGCGCGAGAAGGAGAAGCACAAGGAGAAGAAGAAGGAGAAACUCAAGAGCAAGAAGGAGAAGGCCAAGCGCGAGAAGGCCAAGGAGCGCGUGAAGGAGGGCAAGAAGAAGAAGAAGAUGACGCAGGAGGAGCGGGAGAGGGAGGCCACGCUGUCGCUCUUCGGCCCCGCCGCCCUCCUCCUGCUGCCCUCCCUGCCCCCGUUGCCCCCGGUCGUCGUGAAAACCCCCGCCGCCUCCGGCCUCGGGGGCGACAAGACGCCCAAGAGCAAGGAGAAGCAGAAGAAGAAGGACAAGAAGGAGAAGAAAAAGAAGAAGGAGAAGGACAGGGAGAAGGAGAGAGAGAAGGAGAGGGAGAAGGAGAGAGAGAAGGAGAGAGAGCAGCAGGAGAAGGAGGAGAAGAAGAAAGGAAAAGAAAAAGAGAAGGGUGGAAAAGCGAAGGAGAAGGCAAAGGAGUUGGCAAAACUAGAGAAGGUGAAGGCGGCUGAUCCCCCUGUUCUCCUCUCCCCGGUCAUCCCAAGGUUAACUCUCAGAGUGGGAGCUGGACAGGACAAGAUUGUCAUCAGUAAGGUGGUUCCAGACUCCGAGGCCAGUGCCCCCCCUCCUCCCGCUCCUCUCCCUCCCCCCGUGAAGACACCCACUGCCAGGUCUGGUCCCGGCAGCCGAGGCCGCGCCCCCCCCACACCGGCCGUGGUGGCCCCCCCGCCUCCUCCGCCCCCGGCCCCCGCCCCGGUGCCCCUGUCCCUGCCCACACACCUGCCCCCGACCCCCCCGCCGGCCCUCGGUGCGGCCAAGAGCGGGUGCAGCGUGGUCACCGAGACCGUCAGUGCCUACGUGGUUCGUGAUGAAUGGGGGAAUAAGGUCUGGAUCUGUCCUGGCUGCAACAAACCAGAUGAUGGGAGUCCGAUGAUUGGCUGUGAUCAGUGCGAUGACUGGUACCACUGGCUGUGUGUGGGUAUUCUGACUCCGCCCCCCGAGGACCAGCAGUGGUUCUGUGUGAAGUGUGCCGGCAAGAAGACCGACAAGAAGCAGAAGAAGAGGCGACGCAAAGCCAACUAAACACACACACACACACACACACACACACACACGC